UUCUUAGCGGUUGACAUUCUCCUCUCCAUCACAGCAUUUGCAGGAAAUUCUCUUAUCCUUGUAGCCCUUCACAAGGAAUCUUGCCUGCAUCCGCCGUCCAAACUUCUAUAUCGUUGUCUGGCAACCACUGAUUUGUUGGUUGGUCUUGUUACUCAGCCUCUCAUUGCUCUAUGGUGGAUGUCCGUGGUUCAAGAACACUGGAGCCUUUGUCGCUACGCAUAUGACGCAGCCCACAUCACAGGCCGUGUAUUGUUUUUAGUGUCUUUGAUGACGAUGACGGCCAUAAGCGUGGACAGACUUCUCGCCUUGAUGUUGGGACUGAGAUACAAGCAAAUUGUAACUUUGAAGCGCACGUAUAUCAUUGUAAUUACCUUUUGGGUUUUUAACCUUGUCGCUUCUGUAUGUGGAAUUUUUUUUCCCCCUAUAAUCUUUUGGUACAGAAGGCUAGCUAUAUCAUUUUGCCUGGUAAUAUCAUUCGCAUCGUACACAAAGAUUUUUUGCACUCUCAGAUAUCACCAAGCACAAGUACGAGAUCAACAACAGCCGAGCCGAACACUGAACAUGGCGCGAUUCAGAAAGGCAGUAUACAGUGCAUUAUGGGUGCAGUUAGCAUUAGUGGUUUGUUAUGUACCAAUAUUUACAGUGGGAAUUGUGAUCGCUCUUACUAAAAAAUAUUCAUUACUCUUAGUCGUCGCACGGAAAGUAGCAAUUAUUUUACUUUGCUAUAACUCGACGUUAAACCCUUUUCUUUAUUGCUGGAAGAUUAGUGAAGUGAGACAAGCAGUGAAGCGGACACUGAAAGAAGCUCUUUGCUGAAAUAGGUCGUUCUUGAAUUGUUCUUCAGACUUUUAGAGCAGACUUAUUAAGGCACGAUUAUAUUUGGAGAGCAGUCGUUAGAUAAGUUAUUGGAUAAAAACAAAUAAGUGGCUCCAUAGAAUAGUUUCGCAGGCUGUUGUUUAUAGUCUUUAUAUCUCUGAGAACCCUAUGCUUAUAUACAAGAUGUCAUAAUCUGAGAAAAUAUAUGUAAACAUUUUAAUUUCAUGUUUUUUCCUCCUAGUAAUAUGAAGACAUCAGAUAAGACUUCAAAGAGUAGUUUAAGAGAUGUGUUUAAAGCCGAUGUUGUGUGUUACGAUAAAACUAUUUUAACUAGUUUUCCUAUAAUUAAAAGAAAGCGCUUGACGUUGAUGUUGGCGCCAUAUUGCCACAAGAGACGGUCCAGUUCUAGUCUUGAAUUUGUUUUGUCAUCAAAAAAAUAUCCCUAAAACUUAUGUGAAGAAGAUUUCCGUACUUUUGUAUUUAACUGAAGGUUAUGAAAGUAUGUGAAAUAAAAUUGACCAUCCCUGUUUGAUACAGAAUUUUUUUACAGAUCGAUGUUCUGAAAUUAUAUUGGCCACGGCGAAAAACGAGUUUCGCAUCGUUUGUAUCGAGGUCACCAUAUGUCCAGUUUGUCGCUGGUGUAUCUUUAGGUCGUCUCUGAGUUUUACGGAUUUUAUUCCCUCCAUUUCCGGGCGAUUAACUUCUGUCCCUAAGUUUCACAAAUGUUUUUUAUUGAGUCGUUUCAAAGCUUUUGUAUGAGCUCAGACUACUUCAAUAUCAUACCAUCUAAUUACCGCCCUAAAAAACGACGUGUUUAUUUCAUCCAUUAAAGAAGUGAUAAAAUAGAUCUUUUAAGACUUAGUAGUCACAUAUCGUAUUGUAAAACAAAAAAUAUAGCCCACGGCUUUGUGUUUGUCAAGGGAAUUCCCUUUCAGUGCUAAUUUGAAAUUAAACUGAGACGUUAUCCACUAAAAUCAACAGCUGGUUGUGACGAACAUGUUCUUGUCUAAUUGUCAAGGUAAUGAAUUAUUUUAGAGGAUCAGAUAGAAAAUUCCCUAAGAAAUAACUUUUUUUAAAGGAGGGAUUGACGCAUCUUUUAGCGAUUAAAUCUUUCGUCUGGUUUUUCUGCCAGCUAAUCCUCCAUUGGCAAAUGAAAUGACUGAUUUGAAGCCGGUAUAAAAUGUUGAAUCUAUAGAAGGUAAUUAUUUUGCAAAAACGACAUUUUCGUGUCUGUGGUGGUUAACUAAUUUCUCCUUAUCUUUAACAGGAUAUUUUUAACAAUUGCUUCGUGCUUCAGUGAGCGGUCAUUAAUAUACGAUGCACACAGGAUGUUUGGAAAGCUUGAAAGACGCAACCAAGAGUGAUCUCAGGUUCAUAAAUAAUAAAUGCUGUCAAUGUAGGUUUAACAAGGUGUAGUUUUUAACUCGACUUCGUCUCGGGAAUUAUUGAAUAAUAUUCACUUCAUAUUCGGCAAAAAAUUGUUCGAUAUUUUUAUCAAGUGUUGAUAGUUUAUAAGUAUCCAUUCCUUCAUUUUCCUUCACGGUCAAUAGAUUAUCAUUUUCACUUAAGCAUAGCCAUAUAACUCUAGUUACCGAAGGAGAAUGACCAAUCGCUCAGGGGAAUUACGACAUGAAGAAUUUAGUCACUUCUGUAUACAUGAAACCUUGCUAGAUACCAGAAUAUUUUUAUUCUCUUCACUCGGACAAGACAUUGGCAAAGAAAACUUUAGGUGAACUUUGUCUCAUAAUUUUUCCAGAACAAUCACUUAAAAGUGUUUGGCGGAAGAAGGAGAACAAUUAAAGGGUGUAAAAGAAACGGAAAAAUUGUUUGAACGCGAAAUUUCUUGCUUUUCUUUUGUUUCGUCUCAUAUUUUCUCGGAGACGAAACGGAGGUAAAAGCGUCACAAAACGUUAUUAAUUACACGGUUACAUUCAAAUGUCCUAAAUAAAGUUUGCAUCCGUAGCCAUGCAUUAAUUUUGAAUUGUUACACGCAUUCAAAUUACUGGACUGUUUGUCAUGGAUUUGACAACCUUAGCUUAACCCUUCUUUAUUUUCAGCUUGCUGAGGCUGAGAAUGAUUCAAGGCGAAGUAACUCGUACUGAAGCCUUAAUAGUGAGUGCCUUCUCGCAGGCUAACAAUCCCGCUAAAUUAAGCGGGAUUGUUUGUUGCAACAUGAAAAAAAUAAUCUUAAAGAUGUCUUUAAAUAGUUGCCUCAUAUUCUCAUUUCAUACGUGAUGUAGAUGACAAGUUAGACACAAAAAAGGCUUUUUUGACACAGCAGACGAUCAUCUGACGUAUUUCAAACGAGUAAAAAUUAGUGAGGAAGUUUUUAGAUUACUGCUAUGUAGGAAAUAAGGUUUUAGUGAUCGUCAUUGUACAAUUACUGUCUUAACGAACUAUUUUUCUUGCAAUCAUGACAAAAAAUAGGAAACGAAAACAGAAUAUAGUGGACUAAGCUUUUUGGAAUUCUUAAUCUACCAGCAUACAGGGAAUAUCUCUUCCAUAAAUCAUCAUCCCAAAAUAAAUGACAGUUUUUCUAAAUAAGCUGCUUAUUCUGUCUCUCAAAAACUGACAAAAGAGAGUUUCCUUACUAUAUCGUCAAACAAAGAUGGAGCCGAUGUUUUUGUGUUUGCUAAGGAACUGCCAUGCCCCUUUGGUAGGUGGGCGUCAACAAGAACCAAUUCCUUUUUCAGCAGUCCACGUUCUCCUCUCCGUCACAGCGUUUUUUGGUAAUUCUCUCAUCCUUGUUGCCCUUCACAAGUAAUCUUCCCCUCACCCCGAAUUUUUCAUGCUUCUUAGCGGUUGACAUUCUCCUCUCCAUCACAGCGUUGGCAGGAAAUUUUCUUAUCUUUGUUGCCCUUCACAAGGAAUCUUCCCUUCACCCCCCUUCCAAACUCUUGCAUCGAUGUUUGGCAACAACUGAUCUGUUCAAUGCUUUCUUGAUUAACAAAAAAAAUCACUCCUACUCUGUAUUAAAGAAUUGGAUGAGUUGUUGGUUUGUCUAUCAGCAAUUUUCCCGUCCAAAAAGAAAACAAUAAAUAUAUAUCCCAUUUUAAAAAAUGUUGCUAUUUGAAAAUAUAAAAUAUUAAAUACUCUAUAUAUAUACACAUAUUUUCUUUUCUCAUCACAAAGUGUCUCUUUGUGAUGAGAAAAGAAAAGAUAUAUUUAUUUGAUAUAUAUUUCCAAAUUUGAAAGGUUUUUAAAAACGGGUAUUUAAAUAUAUGUAUAUCGUCGAAAGAAACGUAAUUAUGUAAACAAGGCCUAAUACAAGUCCGAAUAUGUCGUGGCAAGCAGGUGUCUUCUAAACAACUUAUUCGUUCCUCACUGUGCGAUACAAAGCACGAGGCAAUUUUAAAGAGUUUGAAAUAUGUGUCAGAGUUGGUAAAGACGAAGCCUCUCCUAAAACAAUCGUAAAUUUUUUAUCGACUGUUGAUAAGCUUUGACCACCCAAACAUUCAUUUUUCAUCUCGAUCAAUAAAUCAUCCUGUUUACCUCAUUAUUGAAAACAAAUUCUCAUCACCAAAGGAAAGUCGUUAAUUGCUCAAGAGAAUCACAGGAACAAAAAUUGAAUAACUUUUCUUUUACAGUUGCAGGAAAUAGUUUUCUGGUGUGAUAACUUCAUCCUGUUACUAUUUAGUUUUUGGCUCUAGUCGGAUACUAAACAGAGAGGAAAAAAGCUACUAAGCGCAGUUAGGUACAUAGUUAAUUUAAAAUAUUUUGAAACAAGGCUACACUUGUGGCAGCACAUUAAUUUCGAAUAGUUAUAGUUCGUUCGGUGAUUGUCACGAAUUCAAUUCUUCUCAUAGAACAAUUGACAUCACCAGCUUGAGCUUUUUUACAUUUUUAGCUUUCCGUAGCUGAUAAUGAUUCAAGUCUUAACCUAACGCGAAAGAUGUGGACCCUUGAUUAGCAUCCUAAUAUAAUGGAAUUUCAUUCUGGUAAAGAGCGGUUCUUUGCUGCACUGUAAAAACACCGAAAUAACAGAUGUUUCUACAUUUGCCUUUAAUUGCUAUUACAUAAUUGACGCACACAAAGGUUCCCGGGAAAAAAUAUAUUUUUUGACCCAAUAGAAAAUCUUUGAUGCAUUUUAAAUCAGUAAGUCUUUAUGCGAUUGUUAAUUUAGGAAGUUAGGCUUCAGUAAUCCUUGCUGCCAUUUUUUGUUGCAAGAACAGAAACGUACAAGAAAGAGGAAACGCCGAAGACAAUAAUGUCGACAACAAAUUUCAGUAGCGGUAGAAGUCACACGAAAUCAUUUGAAGAACUGCUAUACUCUCCCUCUUUGAUGAGUGGCCUUCAACAACAACUAUCAAUUUGCUUCUUAGCGGUUGACAUUCUCCUCUGCAUCGCAGCAUUUGCUGGAAAUUCUCUUAUCCUUGUUGCCCUUCACAAGGAAUCUUCCCUGCAUCCGCCGUCCAAACUCCUGUGUCGUUGUCUGGCAACAACCGAUCUGUUGGUUGGUUUUGUUAACCACCCUCUCCGUGCUCUAUAUUUGAUGUCAGUGUUUCAAGAACACUGGAGCCUUUGUGGAUACGUAAGGGAGGCAGCCUACAUUACAGCCUAUGUAUUGUUUUUAGUGUCUUUGAUGACGAUGACGGCCAUAAGCGUGGACAGACUUCUCGCCCUGUUGUUGGGACUGAGAUACAAGCAAAUUGUAACUUUGAAGCGC